AUGGGAACAGGAAAUAAAGGGAAACACAAAAACGAAAGGGAAACAAGUGAAAGAAAUGGGAACACAGAAACGAAAGGGAAACACAGUAAUGAAAGGGAAACACAAAAACGAAAGGGAAACACAGUAACGAAAGGGAAACACAGAAACGAAAGGGAAACACAGAAACGAAAGGGAAACACAGUAAUGAAAGGGAAACACAGGAAAAAAAGGGAAACACAGAAACGAAAGGGAAACACAGUAAUGAAAGGGAAACACAGGAAAGAAAGGGAAACACAGAAACGAAAGGGAAACACAGAAACGAAAGGGAAACACGGGAAAGAAAGGGAAACACAGCAAAAAAGGGAAACAAAUGAAAGAAAUUGGAACACAGAAACGAAAGGGAAACACAGUAAUGAAAGGGAAACACAGGAAAGAAAGGGAAACACAGAAACGAAAGGGAAACACAGAAACGAAAGGGAAACACGGGAAAGAAAGGGAAACACGGGAAAGAAAGGGAAACACAGAAAAAAGGGAAACAAAUGA